AAACUGAAGUAUUAAAUGCUUACAAAAUAGUAGUUGAAAUAAAAGAAGCUAUAGAUAAUAUCAUAAAAAUUUCAAACUCUGUACUAGAAAAAUGUUAUGAUGUAACAACACAACUUGAGAGUCAAUCUGGAAAUGCAUCUGAAGUAGAAGUGAUUGAUAGUGUAGUUGAACAUGAUCCAGGAAAAAGGACAAAAAUUAUUUCUGAUAAUCAACGUCAGUAUUUAGUAAUGUUGGGGCCUCAUCAACCAAAGUUGAAUGUUUAUCCACGAACAGCAAAAUAUAGUUUUAAAUAUUCAUGGUUUGAAGAAUUUCCACAUUUAGAGUAUAGCAUAGUUAAGGAUGCAGCGUUCUGUUAUGUUUGCUAUCUUUUUCCUUGUGGCGCUGGAAGGGAAAAAAGUGUAAAUAACUGGACUGUUAUAGGAGUGAAAAAUUGGAAAAAAAUGAAAGGUAAUAAUGGGACAAACAACGUUGGAAAGUUAAAAAAACAUUUUGGUUCUGAAACACAUAAGGCAGCACUUUAUGAGUUUUGUCAUUUUAUGAACAAAAAUAAUCAUAUUGACAUAAUGCUUGAUAAAAAUAAAAGACAAAAAAUUAUUCAAGAAGAACGAGAUCAUGCUUUUCACACUGAAGUAAUAUCUAUUUUACUUGAUGUUGCCAAAACUCUCGGUAGACAAAAUUUAGCAUUUAGAGGUCAUGCUAAUGAUGAAAAUGGAAACUUCAAACAAAUAAUAUAUCUUAUAUCUAGACAUUGUCCAUUAUUGAGAGAGUGGUUAGAUUCUUCUAGAUUUAGACCAUAUCAUACCAAUUAUAUGAGUCCUAAAUCUCAAAAUGAAUUUAUAAAUAUUUUAGGAAGUUCAAUAAAAAGCAGUAUUUCACAAAAAGUUAAUGACGCUAGACAAUUUGCAGUGAUGGCAGAUACAACACCAGACUUAUCACACAAAGAUAUUUUAUCUGUUGUAGUCCGCUUUGUUAAUGACAAAGGAAAACCAGAAGAAAGGUUGCUUGAAGUUCGCGAAAUUGUAGACAAGACCGGAAAUGGAAUGGCUAAUGAAAUCUUAGAUACAUUACGCACUAAUAAUUUAGAUCUUCAAAAUUUAGUUUUUCAGUCAUAUGAUUUCGCAAAUAAUAUGUCUGGUCAAUUUAAUGGUGCUCAACAAAAAAUAUCUGAAGCUAUUGGACAUAAAAUUCCAUAUAUUCCUUGUAAGGCCCAUAGAAUCAAUACUUUUGUUGAGCAUGCGUGUGAUUCUAGUUUAAUAGUAUCUGACUUAUUUUCAAUAGUUCAAGAACUAUAUGUUUUUUUUUCAUCAAGUACAAAACGAUAUGGACCUCUAUUAAACAAACUAAAUGAAGUAGAAAAUUCUCUUAAAUUGAGAAAUUUAUCACAAACGAGGUGGACAGCACGUGCUGAAGCUUUAAAAUCAUUAUGGACAUCAUAUCCAAUUAUUAUUGAUGCAUUGGAUAAUAUU